AUGCCUUUCGGAUGGGGAGACUCUGAGCGGGCCUACGACCAGGUCUACCAGAACGACAACUUCGAGGAGAAUAAGAGCUCCUUUGGCCACGAGCUCGUGGCGGGCGGUGCCGCUUUCGCCGGUUUUAAGGCGUUUGAGGACCACCAGCGCAAGGAGGGCAAGCCUGUGUCCCACCAGUUCGCCAAGGAGCUGCUCGCCGGUUUCGCGGGUGCCGAGGUCGACAAGCUCGCCGAGACCAAGGGCGAGGACUGGUUCGACAGGGAGAAGGCCAAGCGCCAGGCCAAACAGAACGCUGAGCGCAUGUACGACGAGCACUACAUCGACAACCAGGGCGCGGAUCAGUACGACCCUAACCAGUACGGGGCCCCACAGCACUUCGAGCGCCGCGGCUGGUAG